AUGAGUCUGGUUUUCCUCCUCGUGCCUCAAGACGCAACACUACUGACGCUCAAAAUGGUGAUUUUCCUGUUUGGUUUCCUAUUUUUAUGAAUGAAGGCGGAGGUCGUGUGGGCCUCUGUCAUGUUCCGCUUCCAACCACCAGGGGGUAGAGCGACACGCAGGAAGAAUAGCCUCCGAUCUCUCUCUCUCUCACUGUUCAGGGCUGUGUGCGAGUGUGUGUCUGUGUGAGUGUGUGUGCGUGAGUGAGUGUGUGUGCGCGUCUCCACAACAUAAAGGCGACGUUCAGGGCGAAAAACUUGCAAUUCAUGGCGUGGAGGAGUCAGCGGGCAGCCGCGGCCCUGUGAUCUGAGCUCGGUGAGGUGGAUGAGGAGCGGAUCACGGUCUGAAGCCACUUCUCAUCGAGCCGAUCGAGCACACAGCCUGCCUCGUCCAAAAGCUCGCUCGAGUCGAGUGCUGUCCUCAUUUGUUUUCUCUCUCCCUCGCUCCCCCCCCCAACUGCUCCCCUGUCUUCUUUUUUCGCGUGAAAUCUGAACCCAACAUCCGCGGAGGCUUUUUUUGUGUGUGUGUUUUUCUGUCUAGUUCGGAUGGCAGAUUGAAGCAAACUCAAACAUUAUAUCCAGAGAAGAAGAGAGGGGGGGAGAGAGAGAGAGAGAGAGAGAGAGAGAGGGGGGGGGGGAGGAAAGAAAGGAAGAGACAUUCGGGCUCUCAUGCUGCAGCGCUUCAGAUGCCUUCAACUUUGAGCCACAGGGACAACCCCUAACCUCUGUUUUUACACGAGGGGGGACAGACGCGCAGACAUCUCCGUCAGCUUCCACUUCCAUGAGAAGGACUCGCCUCGGCUGCGGGCUGAUCGGAGACUACGCGGGGACCAUGGCAGCUACUUUAUCGGCGGAUGAAGAACAGGCUACCAGGCAGUUUCUGGAGGAAAUCAACAAGUGGACCAGUCAGCAUGGAGUGUCGCCAUUGUCCAGGGAACUGGCCGUCAAGUUCCUCAUGGCUCGCAAGUUUGACGUCCUCCGGGCCAUCGAGCUAUUCCACAGCUACAGGGAAACACGUCUUAAAGAAGGAAUCGUCAGACUUCAGCCUCAGGAAGAACCUCUGCGCUCCGAGCUGCUCAGCGGGAAGUUCACUGUGUUGAGUGUACGGGACCCAUCAGGGGCCUCCAUUGCCUUGUAUACGGCCAAGCUUCAUCACCCAAACAAGACAGGCAACCACGUGGUGCUGCAGGCCCUCUUCUACCUCCUGGAUCGGGCGGUGGAAAGCUUUGAGACCCAGAGGAACGGCUUGGUGUUCAUCUAUGACAUGGCGGGCUCCAACUACACAAACUUUGAGCUGGACCUGAGCAAGAAGAUCCUGAACCUGCUCAAGGGGGCGUUCCCUGCCAGGCUGAAGAAGGUGCUGAUUGUCGGGGCUCCUGUUUGGUUUCGAGUGCCCUACAAUCUGCUCAGCCUGCUUCUCAAGGAGAAACUCAGAGAGAGGGUCCAGAUGGUGAAAAUGGCCGAGCUGCGCCAACACCUCCCCAGAGACUGUCUGCCCCAGCACCUUGGAGGCCUGCUGCCACUGGAAACAUACAGCUGGAACCAGCAGCUACUGGCGGGCCAGAACGGCCGCGUGGACCCAGUGGACGAGCUGGUGGGCAUCCCAGUGGAAGACGCUUCCAUUCACGUCCCCGGACCUGAGUCCAUGCGCCCCCAGGAGCUGCUGGCACUCCUCGGCAGGCUCCAGCGCUCGGGCAUCCAUCAAGAGUAUGAGGAGCUCCGCAAAGAACCGCCGCCUGGAACCUUUCACUGUGCACAAUCAGUCUACAAUCAGGAGAAGAAUCGCUAUGGAGAUGUGCUGUGCCUUGAUCAAACGAGAGUACGUUUGAAACCCAGAAGGAAUGAGAGAUCAGACUACAUCAACGCGAGCUUCAUGGACGGCUACAAACAGAGGAAUGCAUACAUUGGUACUCAAGGACCACUGGAAAAGACCUACAGUGACUUCUGGAGAAUGGUGUGGGAACAGAACGUGCUCGUUAUCGUCAUGACAACCAGGACAGAUGAGGGCAGCCGGAGGAAGUGUGGACAGUAUUGGCCUCUGGAGGAAGGGGGGCAGGAGGUCUAUGGCCAUAUGGCAGUGGUUAACCAAAGGGUUGAUCACCACACCCACUACAACCACACCACCCUCGAACUGCACAACACUGAGACAUGUGAACAGAGACAAGUGAGUCACUUCCAGUAUCUCAGCUGGCCCGACUACGGCGUUCCCACCUCAGCAGUGACGCUCAUUGACUUCCUGGGAGCUGUGAAGAGGCAGCAGAGGAAAACGGUGAAGGCUUUGGGACCUCAGUGGACAGGCCACCCACUGGGACCCCCAAUGGUGGUCCACUGUAGUGCAGGGAUUGGGAGAACAGGUACCUUCUGUGCCCUGGACAUCUGUCUGUCCCAGCUACAGGACGUAGGCUCACUAAAUGUGUGCCAGACAGUGCGGCGCAUGAGAACACAGAGGGCCUUCAGCAUUCAAACCCCGGACCAGUACUACUUCUGCUACAAUGCCAUUUUGGAGCACGCCCAACGGCAGGGCCUGCUCCCGACCAAUCAGUGAGCUUCAGCCCUGACUUCCCAAACCAGUCCAUGAACCCUGAGAUCUCUGCAGUCGAUCUGUAAACCCCGAGCUGUGUUGUGUGACCAAUUAAUGAGCCCAGGAAAGAUAAACUUCCACACUGAAGUUGUCUGUUGCAAACUAUGCCAUUCUCCAUUUGCAAGCCAGACCAAGACAGGACAGUGACAAGAAAAGUCUUGACUGUUGACAUUAAGAUGUUUCAACGUGCUAACAUUCUCGCUUCCAACAAUGUGACAUUUAGUUUCUGUCGCUGAACAGUAUCUCGUAAAGUAUGUGGCAGCGAGGACAAACUGCUCUUGUGUUGUGCAGUUCCAUGGCUCUGUGGUCAGGCACAUUGGGUGAAGUGACUGGGAACUUUUUCAUUUAUUUUGUUUGUUUUUCUGCCACUUUAAAUGAAUUGUUUAGGGGAACUUAAAGGAGUAUUUCACCCCCAAAUAAAAGUUCUAUCAGUAUUUUGUCAUCCCUCAUUAGUUAUAACUUAAAGGUGCAACAUUCAAGACUUCACUAAAUUUAUAAACAGAAUGUGGAGGAAUAGCAGUUUUGACAUUAUGAUGUAUUGUGUUGUAAUGUUUAGUAUGCUAGCUCUGGCCCACCCGGGUUCAAAGCUCUUGUGUCAGCUGUGUUAACACCAACAGCAGAUGGCUAUCUGGCUAAUGAGGUAUCUAGCUACCUGCAGCUACAGUUUGCAGCAGUCAACAGUUACUCGGGUGAUAUUGAGCCAAGUGUUUGUUGUUGAGAAUGAAUUCAACAAGUGGCCGUGGCAUUGAUAUUGCACCAUUAAGGCUGUAACACUGCAUAACAAUUAAUUUAAUUUCAAAUUACAUUUCAGUUCUCCUCUAUGCAGUCGCCUUAUAUGCCAACAUUAGCAAAGCUAAAGGGUUAUUUUACUUUUCUCCAUGGAACCAAAUGAAUACCUCAUAGUCAUAUAAAUUCUGUGCACGCACAGAUGAAUAGUUAGGUCAGAUGCACAAAGUAAGCAUUAACUUAACUUUUGAAUAUAUCUGAAAUGGAACUACAACGGUAAACUUUUAUGCUUUUUCUUUUGCAUUUGUUUGAGUUUCAAGUAAGACUGGGAAAGAAACUGACUCAAUUUUUUAUUUUUGGGGUGAAAUUAUCCUUUAACUACAUGAAACAGUUUUAAUUCCAAUAGGCCACUUCCAUACAACAGUUAUAGGUUUAACUUUACUGGUGAUUUUUAGGUAAGUUGGCUAAGUUUUUACCCCUUCUUGUGUGCAGGAAAAACUGUGGUCACUGUAGUGCGUUUUCAGCAUACAGUAUGGGUCACAUGAAGAUGGUACGAGCUAGUUCCGCAUAGUCUCAGGAGUGUCAUACUGAACACAAGGAGGUGAAACUUUCCAAACAUAUCGCCGAAAAAAAAUUAAUUCAGCGAAGAAGUAUUUUGCCCCCCCCGAAUGGCAGGAAGGAGGAAUUAAAGCACAUCCAAGAUGAUCAGGUAGUCCUCUCCCCCAUUCUGUGAUCACUCAUUAAAUCGCUGUCCAUGUGAUUUCAUCUUUAGUUUUUGUUUUGUUUGUUUUCACUGAACCCCAGACCUUCCAUCUCUCCUGAAUAUUUUUAGAUUUCCUGACUCGCAGUAGAGAUAGUGACCAGUGCCUGGCCGCCUUUGCUCACUAGCAGUGCCAUCAUGCUUUAGCGAAUGUGGGAGUGUAUUGCUCAGUGCCCACAAACAUGCACACGCACAUAUAUAGCAUACAUCUGUGGAAGUCAUCAGUUAAGACCUCAUGAGUAGUGCAAUACUUUUUUUUUUUUUUUUUUUUUUUACAUAAAUCAUGUCUUAGCACUUUUAAAUAAUUAUUCCCAAUGUGAUCUGAGAUUAGACUUCAUUGCGAUAUGAUGGGAUGACAAAUAAAACGUAAUAGUAAUUCUGUAGGUCUACAUGUGAUGCUGGGAUAACUUGAUUCUUAAAUUAAACAACGCUUGAAUAUAAAAACAUUUAGUGACGUUUUGGACUUGCUGUAAACAUCUGCGUAGAGUUUUAAUGAGACAAAUCAAGAGGAUUCUACAGGGGAACCACAAGUAAAAGACAGAAUAGCUGAAGAAGCAUGCACAAAUCUGUGCCUACACCCGAUUAAGUCCUUCUUGGGCACUUGAGAGUCAGAAAUCUUGUCUGAAGUAUGUUUUCAUUGUUGUUGUGUUUCUUUAAGUUCUACAGACUGUGGUUGUAAUCCGUGCUUUCACCUGGUCCCAGUAUCUUGCCAUUAUUAUAGAGUACAUGUACAAAAACUGAGUGUCUGUGUCAUACGUUGCAUUAUGUUGUUGCUGGGUGGGAAAAAAGUGUUCUUUACUACAGAAUUCAUAUUGAAUUUGCUUGUAGUGAAGCAUUUUAAGUCUGCCAUCCUCAUGCACUCUCAUUUUUUUUUUUCAUUAGAAUUAUUUUUCCUUUCAAUGAUGGACGCAAAAUGUGCCCUAUUUUAUUUUUCUAUUGUAUUCAACAACUGUUUUCAUACGAUUACCCAGGAUAUACAGUUAUCUACGUUAAUUUUAUAUUUGUUUUAUUAUAACCUAUUACUUUAUCAUUCGUAUGACUAUUGAAUCAAGCUAUACUGUAUUAAAUACAAACUGUCAACAUAUA